UCAUGUAUUUUGCAUGUCAUAAUGCUUGCAUUUUUGUUUUUGCCUUCUUAUCGAUAGUUGCAGAGAUUUUAGAAGAGCAGCCGAGGAAGAAUGUAUCCUCGAGCAAAGUAUCAAUAAUGGGAUUUCCAGUGAAUCAAUGGCUAAAAUCCGAGGAAGUGAGUUUGUUUUUGAAUCGGUGCGUGGUGGGUGGAAAUCCGGAGGCCCUGUACAGAGAGGGAAUGGUUGAGUACUUUAGUUCAAUGAGAAUGGAAUUUGGGCUUGAGAAGUUGAGGAGAGCAUCAGAAAAAGGUCAUGCUGAAGCCUCAUACGCGCGUGUACGGUAUUAUACUAGAGUGUAUGGGUGGACAUUCAAGUUUAGAGGGGUUCAGCUUCUAAAUGCCAUGAAGGGUAGUACUACUUCACAAUCAACGCGCUUAAUUUGCAAUAUUCCAAGAGUGUCGAAAGAGAAUUGA